AUGAGCGCGAGAGAGAUAGCAACAAUGGCGGCGACGCUUACAGGAUCGAGGAUUGCGCUUGGAUUUUCGUGUUCCGCAAAGAUCUCUCAGAGAGCUCCUUCUCCUUCUUCUUCGUCGUCCAGUCGUUGCUGCAUCAAGAUGUCGGUUUCGGGUAGAAGAGAAGAAGAAGAAUUUCACUCUUCAGCAAUCCGAGGAAGCUUUCAAUACUGCCAAGCUUUGGGUGAGACGAUGAAGAAAGGAACAAGCUUUGGUGCUCCUUGUCUCUUAGAGAAUGUUCUUGCAGAGACUGUGAUUUCAGCUGUUCCAAGCAUCGAAAUGGUUCGGUUCGUCAACUCCGGUACUGAAGCAUGUAUGGGAGUGCUCCGUCUCGCUCGUGCUUUCACAGGGAAGCAAAAGUUCAUCAAGUUCGAAGGAUGUUACCACGGCCACGACAACUCUUUCCUCGUCAAAGCAGCUCCGCACAACGAUCUCGCUGCGGUUGAGAAGCUGUUCGAGGCAAACAGAGGCGAGAUGGCUGCCAUCAUUGUCGAACCUGUUGUUGGUAACUCCGGUUUCAUCACACCUAAACCAGAGUUUCUCGAUGGAAUUCGCCGGAUUAGUAUUUUCGACGAAGUCAUGACUGGUUGUGGUUUGGCUUAUGGUGGAGCUCAAGAGUACUUUGGCAUCACGCCUGAUUUAGCAACUCUUGGCAAGAACAUCGGUGGUGGUCAUAUAAAAAGAUUACGAAUCAUCUCAAGGUACAUGAUGCACUUACAAGUGGAUUUUUCUGAAGAUACGAGCCAAGUUCAAGGAGGAGUUGCGCAUGUGCUGAAUAAAAGGAGACGAACUUCUAGAACUGGUUGCAGCCUAAUUGAAUUGUUUCCCUCUAACAUCCCCAUGUGGCAUGAGUUGCCCGUGGGACUCCAAAUCACCUCUAAGGCUCUAACUAACUGA